UUGGGGUCCCCCUCCGAUAUCUGGAAACCAGUGUGCAUCUUGCGAUCCGUGAUUCCGCGUGAAGCUUCCGUGAUUCCGUCCGUGGAACCAGAAGGUGGUGCAGUGCCAAGAGUGCAGUGCUGAAGCACGGUAAAUUGAACGGGAUCCGGCCAACGGACUGUCUGUCUGCCCGUGUCGUUGUGUGAGAGUGUGUGCUCGACUGUGGGAGUGUGUGAAGGAAGGAGAGAGAAGAACAGUGCGGUGAGAGCGAGAAGCUGAUCCUGCCAUCAUGUCUGUACUGCUGCGGACCCUGGUACUGCUGGCCAUCGGGGCCACCACGGUGGUGCUAGCCCAGCGCCGUCUGGCGCUUCCGGACCCGAGAAGCUGCGCCAACCGUGUGCGACAUGCGACGUACCGCGAUGCCCGCGGAGUGGCCCACUCGUACUUCUUUAGCUGGGAGCACGCCCCGACCCGGAGCCUCGAGGUGGACUGGCUCGAUGCGCGUAACAUCUGCCGCCGGCACUGCAUGGACGCCGUCUCGAUGGAGACGCCGCAGGAGAACGAGUUCAUCAAGCAGCGUAUCGCCCGGGGCAACGUGCGCUACAUCUGGACGUCUGGCCGGAAGUGUAACUUUGCCGGAUGCGACCGACCGGACCUGCAGCCCCCGAACGAGAACGGGUGGUUCUGGUCCGGAUCGGGUGUCAAGAUCGGGGCAACUACCCAGCGCAACACCGGCGACUGGAGCUACACCGGAGGCUACGGACAGGCGCAACCGGACAACCGGGAGGCCGCUCAGGGUAACGACGAGUCCUGUCUGUCGAUCCUGAACAACUUCUACAACGACGGUCUCAAGUGGCACGACGUCGCCUGCCACCAUCUGAAGCCGUUCGUGUGCGAAGACUCCGACGAGCUGCUGAACUUUGUCCGCUCCCGCAACCCGGCCAUCCGUUUGUAGGACCCCCUUCUCUCCGGCAGUAGAGCAACCCCCGGAAGAAUCGACUGUGCAGAGCUUUCCCCGUUUUUUGUUUAUCGUGUUUAACUUCGAGUGAGUUCGGAGAUUCCCCAUCACUGUUGGAAUUCGUAUCGCCAAAAGUAUUAACCGCCAAGGAGCGAAGCGAAGCGAAAAACGGAAGAAAAGGCUACACAGGGAGAGAAAGAUGGAGUAAGAGUGACCAGAGAGACAGGACAACAAUAACACUGGCUUCCUUCUGCCGCACUCGAUGGAUCUGCUUUUUGUAAUAACUAUUUAUUGUACCUUAAGAAAACCGCUUCAGACAGUUCGGACGAUUUUCGUCGCCAUCGCCAAACUAUCACCCUGAAAAUCUGGAGUCUCCGACGAUCGGUGCCCAGCGAACAGCGCCCAGUGAUCGAGGACUCAUCCUUGGGAAACAAAACCUCGAGGCAUCGAGAGGGCUCAAAUACUUCACACACAAAAAAUGCACCACGACCGGACCGAUUUGGAUAGGCAAAAAGAAAAUGAGUUUUGAGAAAAAGGACAAACACAAACACACAAACAACAGCAACCCGUUCGAUGUUGACCGAAUUAUUGUUUUUAAAUUUGUAAGUUUUUGUUUUCAU